AAUGCGCUAUAUAAUAUAUUUUAACUAAUUCUUUAGUUUAUUAAUAAGAUAAUUUUUUUUUUACUAUACACAAACACACACACUAAAAUAUGUUUAAUAUUAUUCUAUUUAUAUUGUCAACAUGUUUCAUAAUUCCAUUCAUUGCCUGGAUAAUACGACAACAACGAAAAUCAUCAUCAUCAAAUAAUGAUGAUCUUAAUCAUUAUGAUAAUAAAAUUAUGUCAUCAGUAUUAAAUGAAACAAUGUGUCCAGCAACAAAAAUAAUUGAUCGACGUUUAUCAUCUACAUUGGUCAAAACAAUAACCAUUAAAACUUGUGUUGGUAUUUAUAAUGAUCAAAUGAAACAAUGGCGUCCAGAUUUUUAUCGUUAUGCAACUAACGAUGGUUUAGAAUUGACCAUUAAUUAUGUUGAUACAUUAAUUGUUAAUAAUGAUGAUGAUGAUAAUGAUCAUUUUGAAAAAACAAUUGUUGCCAUUCAUGGUGUUCCCGGUUAUUAUACACAUUUUGAUAAAUUAGUUGAAUAUUAUCGUAAUACAAAUGUUCGUGUCAUUGUACCGAAUUUACCGGAUUUUAGCCAUACAAGACAAACACGAACAUUUUGGCAUACAAGUAUUGAAAAGUCAACAUUUCUUAAAGAUUUUCUGAACAAAUUAAAUGUAAAAACAAUAGAUUGUUUAAUUUGUCAUUCGUUUGGUGCUCAAACAGCGGCUGCAAUUUGUGAAAAUCCUGGUAAUAUCGAAAUUAAAUCGGUUGCAUUUCUAUCACCACAACCACUUUGGGAUCCGGUUCGUAAUAAUGAAAUGCUUAAAGCAUUUAAACAUAAAUCCGAAUGGUGGUAUAAUUUUCUAUCAAUAAUGCGUGUACACAAAAAAGCUUAUACCAAAUUACGUUUUACCAAUAUCAAUGAAUUUCUUUUACUUUGUACAAUCGGUAUCGAAGAUGAUACACCAACCAAAUUUACAAAUCGUUUAGAACAAAUAAUUAAAAUGAACAUUCCGGUUGUUAUUAUUUAUGGUGAAAAAGAACGUCUUAUCUCUAAAACAGCCAUACAACGUUUAAAUGAACAUUUUAAUAUUGAAUCAGAUGAUAUUAUAAUGAUCGAUUCGGAUGAUUCAACAUAUCAAGAUCAUUUAAAAUUGACCAAAAAAUAUAGCUCAUUUGUGAUUAAAAAUGGUGGCCAUUUUACUCAUUGUAAUCAUCAUCAAGUGGCCAAUAAAAUUAUUGAUAAUUUAUUAAAAAUUUAAUUAAAAAUUUAAUUGGUUAAUUUAUAAUUUUCACAUUAUUAUCGUUAUUUUUAUCAAAAACAUUUUUCCACCAGUGGC